CGGAAUCACCCAGGGAGCUUUAAAACAUCCUGAUGCCUGGGUCUCACCCAUGGAGAUGCUGAUGUCAUGGGUCUGGGGUGGGGCCUGGGCACUGGGAUAUUGUGAAUUCCCCACAGGAUUCCAGUUUCAGCAAAGCUGAGAGCCACUGCUUCAGGCAAGUGGGGAUGCUUGUGUGUGAAAUGAUUCUUUUCUUCCAGAUUCCAGGUUUCUUUUAUUGAUUGUAUCUGCUGUACGGGAAAUUACUCUGGGAAAUCGAUAAGUAAAUAACCAUCUGUGCUGCUCAUCUUGGUGCUUAAACCUCCAACUGAAACUCAAAUGAGACAACAUGGAGGAUGCAUUGUCUGUGUGGUUCACCAAGAGAGGGAACAAUACAGCACUCUAAUCAGCACAUCUAUAUUCAAAGAAAGGCACUGGCUGAAUAAUAGCACUGCAGUGAGAUGGCAGAGGAACAGAAGAUGAUUCUGGAAAAAUGCCUGCUGCUGCCAGAAUUUCACAGAGAGCAAAUGGGAGGAGGGUGAAACUCCUUAAAUUCAAACAUUUCACAGAUAUGUACAUUACUAUAUGUGGAACUGAGAGAGUUGGAGCUGGAGUGAUACAGCUGAUGAAUACCCCAGUGCUAGGCUGCAACUCCUCUGCUUUUGAUAGACAAACCAGAAACAUGAAAUUAUCCAUCCUGAUGGCCUGUGUGGUAUGGGAAUCACUGAGGCUGGGAACCCACAGAUCAGUGGUGUGAACCAAGAAGAUAAAACAUCAGAUUGGACCAAAACAGACACAUUUUCUUCACUACUCCAUUCUCUGGUUUUGUCCUAUAUCUUAGGGAAGCAGGAUAAGACACUGACACCCUAACUACGCUGGGUAUUCCUUGUCGUUCAAUGUGCAUAUACUUAUAGUUUAACUGACUCCUUAGUAAGCUAUGUGUGGCCUGCAGGUUUUAGGGUGUCCGUGGUUCUCCACAGAUUCUCUGUGGCAGAGGACAGCCUGCUUUUUCCCAGGCCCUCAGCUCAGGCCUGAGCGAGGCUUGACAUUGUCUUUAUACAGUAGUGACCGUCUUGAGCAGAAACGAAGGUGAGUGAUGGGUAUAGGAUAGGUAAGGCAGCAGGAAAAGGCGGGAUAGGUACCAAGUCAAAGGAACUAGAAACAGGCCUUGGGAUGGGGCAGGCAGUGGGUUGGACACUGGAUCUGAGAGGGACAAAGUGCCAGUGCAGUGGCAAGUGAAGGUGAGAACCCAGACCUGGGCUGGGAACAUGGAGAAGAGAAGGCCACACGUGAUGGCACAGGAGAUGGGCUGGUGGCCACACGUGUCAGGGAGGUGAGUAUGAAGAUGAGAAGCACUACAAACCUGUCAACAUUUUAUGUUUAAUCUUCAUUCAUUAAAGGAAUGAUUGCUACCUGUGUAACUGUUUGAUUUUAGGCCUGGAAAAAUGGAGUUUAACUUCAUUGUCAUCUGUCACGGAACUGUGGCCACAGAAAAAGGCAUCUCUCAGGCUGGGUACUGUAGGAGUCCGCCCCCUGCUCCAUCUGUAGUUUUUCCACCCACAGUCCACCUGGUGUGAGAAAGGUGUAGGGAUAAAGGUGAGCCCAGGGCACCGUGGGCACCUCCGAGAGAAUCUGAGUGGGUGGAGUCAGGGUCCUUCGAGAGCCUGUCAUUAACAUGGACGGGGAAAGCCAGAGCUAUGCUGUGAUGGGUGCUGUGGGGCGCCCAGGCCUGCACUCUGUCCGUGAGGGUGAAGGGGGAGAAGGAAGCAGCCCAGAGAAGACCCGGAGCAGGGCAAACACAGAUGGAGAAGCUGAGGGCAAGGAAGGGAAUGACAUGGGACCCCCACCUGUUGUCCGGGCAGGCUCUGCUCUCCAGGAGCAGGUGGCACAGUCAGUCAGAACAGUCACUACCUGCCCUGCCCUCGUGAGUCCCGGGAGGAAAGUGCUCGCCCACUUCUGACCUGUGUCACACUCACUAUGAAGGCAGGUAUUAGAAGAAUCCCAUGAAAGUAAACAGGGUGUUCAAACGGAUCCUUAAAAAUGAAAGUGCAGGCUGCAAGUGGGUAGUGUGGGAGGUGCAUGGGGUUUGCAGAGGAGACAGGGGAGCUUUGUGCACCCGGAGCAAUGAAUAAGCAGCGACUUCUCUACCCCUCACCGUGGCUCCACGGUCCCAGCGACAUGCGGGGGCUCCUCUUCUCCACUCUUCUCCUUGCCAGCCUGGCACAGUUCUGCUGCAGGGCACAGCGCACUGGACCAUUAGAUGCAACACCUGAAGGAAGGCCUAGAGAAGCGUCAGAUGCACAUCAGCGUAAACAGUUUUGCCACUGGCCCUGCAAAUGCCCUCAUCAGAAGCCCCAUUGCCCUCCUGGAGUGAGCCUGGUGAGAGAUGGCUGUGGAUGCUGCAAAAUCUGUGCCAAGCAACCAGGGGAAAUGUGCAAUGAAGCUGACCUCUGUGACCCACACAAAGGGCUGUACUGUGACUACUCAGGAGACAGGCCUAGGUAUGAGACCGGAGUAUGUGCAUACCUUGUAGCUGUUGGAUGUGAGCUCAAUGGGGUACACUAUCAUAAUGGCCAAGUGUUUCAGCCCAACCCCUUGUUUAGCUGCCUCUGUGUGAGUGGGGCCAUUGGAUGCACACCUCUGUUCAUACCAAAGCUGGCUGACAGUCACUGCUCUGGAGCUAAAGAUGGAAAGAAGUCUGAUCAGUCAAACUGUGGCCUGGAACCAUUACUACAGCAGCUUUCAACAAGCUACAAAACAAUGCCAGAUUAUAGAAAUCUCCCACUUACUUGGAAAAAAAAAUGUCUUGUGCAAGCAACAAAGUGGACUGCCUGCUCCAGAACAUGUGGGAUGGGAAUAUCUAAUAGGGUAACCAAUGAAAACAGCAACUGUGAAAUGAGAAAAGAGAGAAGACUGUGUUACAUUCAGCCUUGCGACAGCAAUAUAUUAAAAACAAUAAAGAUCCCCAAAGGAAAAACAUGCCAACCUACUUUCCAACUCUCCAAAGCUGAAAAAUUUGUCUUUUCUGGAUGCUCAAGUACUCAGAGUUACAAACCCACUUUUUGUGGAAUAUGUUUGGAUAAGAGAUGCUGUAUCCCUAAUAAGUCUAAAAUGAAAACUAUUCAAUUUGAUUGCCCAAAUGAGGGGUCAUUUAAAUGGAAAAUGCUAUGGAUUACAUCUUGUGUAUGUCAGAGAAACUGCAGAGAACCUGGAGAUCUAUUUUCUGAGCUCAAGAUUCUGUAAAACCAAGCAAAUGGAUGAAAAGUAGUCAAUCCUGUCAUAUAAUAAAAAAAUUAG